GGACAGCGUAUCGAUAACUUGUCAGUCCUAUUUCACAUAAAUAUUUUCCUGGCUACCCACCACUGUACUUUGUUCCUCAUCCUCUCUGCUUGUCUGUGACAACACUCUUUUUUUCCUUUUUUCAUCCCCGGCUCCUUGCUCUGGUCUCUCACCAUGGCUCGUCGUGGUCAUUCUACAUCCACCACUUUCCAGUGGACUACCAUCUUCUACCUCCUCCUCAUCUUCAUCUGCCCCCUCGCCCUCAUCGGCUCAGUCCAAGCCCAAGACCAAGCUCCCCUGAACGACUCGGACACUAACUAUGGAACCGUCAUCGGUAUUGACUUGGGAACCACAUAUUCUUGCGUCGGUGUGAUGCAGAAUGGAAAAGUUGAAAUCAUUGUCAACGACCAAGGAAACAGAAUUACCCCCUCAUAUGUGGCCUUUACCGACGACGAACGGUUGGUUGGCGACGCUGCAAAGAAUCAGUAUGCGUCAAAUCCUACAAGGACCAUUUUUGAUAUCAAGCGUUUGAUCGGUCGAAAGUUCUCGGACAAGGAUGUCACCCGUGACGCCAAACACUUCCCCUUUAAGGUGGUCAACCAAGACGAAAAACCCGUUGUCAGUGUUGAGGUCCAGGGCAAAGCUCGUACCUUUACCCCUGAAGAGGUUUCGGCCAUGGUUUUGGGCAAGAUGAAGGAAGUCGCAGAGUCAUACCUUGGCAAGAAAGUCACCCACGCCGUCGUCACCGUCCCAGCCUAUUUCAACGACAACCAGCGACAGGCUACAAAGGAUGCUGGUGUGAUCGCAGGUUUGACUGUUCUCCGCGUCGUCAACGAGCCUACGGCCGCAGCUAUCGCCUAUGGACUCGACAAGACCAGCAAGAAGGAAAGCCAAAUUAUCGUCUACGAUCUCGGUGGUGGCACUUUCGAUGUCUCUCUGCUCUCAAUUGACGACGGUGUUUUCGAGGUCCUGGCUACUGCUGGUGAUACCCAUCUUGGCGGUGAAGAUUUCGAUCAGCGAGUCAUCGACCACUUUGUCAAGCUCUACAACAAGAAGAACGACGUGGAUAUUCGAAAGGACCUCAAGACUAUGGGUAAGCUCAAGCGCGAAGUCGAGAGAGCCAAGCGAACCCUGUCGUCUCAAAUGUCCACUCGCAUCGAAAUUGAAGCCUUCCACGAGGGCAAGGAUUUCUCCGAGACUCUGACUCGAGCCAAAUUUGAGGAACUCAACAUGGAUCUGUUCAAAAAGACUCUCAAACCCGUCGAGCAAGUCCUCAAGGAUGCAAAAGCCAAGAAAUCCGACAUUGACGACAUUGUCUUGAUCGGUGGGUCUACUAGAAUUCCCAAGGUUCAGUCAAUGAUCGAAGAGUACUUCGGUGGCAAGAAAGCCAGCAAAGGCAUCAACCCUGAUGAAGCCGUUGCAUUCGGUGCUGCCGUUCAAGGUGGUAUCCUCUCUGGAGAAGCCGGCACGGAGGACAUUGUCUUGAUGGAUGUCAACCCACUUACCCUUGGUAUCGAGACCACCGGAGGCGUCAUGACUAAACUGAUUCCUCGCAAUACUGUUGUCCCCACCAAGAAAUCCCAGAUCUUCUCGACGGCCGCCGAUAACCAGCCUGUGGUCCUCAUCCAGGUCUUUGAAGGUGAACGAUCAUUGACCAAGGACAACAACCUCCUCGGUAAAUUCGAACUCACCAAUAUCCCCCCUGCGCCUCGUGGUGUCCCUCAGAUUGAAGUGUCGUUUGAAUUGGACGCCAACGGCAUUCUCAAGGUUUCGGCUGGCGACAAGGGAACUGGUAACUCCAAAUCUAUUACUAUCACCAAUGACAAGGGUCGUCUCUCACAAGAAGAGAUUGACCGCAUGGUCGCCGAGGCUGAAGAAUUCGCGGAGGAAGAUAAGUUGAUUCGGGAAAAGAUCGAAUCCCGAAACCGACUGGAGAACUACGCAGUCAACAUCAAGAACCAAGUCAACGACGAAGAGGGACUAGGUGGCAAGAUCGACGAGGACGAGAAAGAGACUCUUCUCGAAGCCAUCAAGGAAGCCCAGGACUGGCUGAGCGAGAACGGCGACACCGCCGACAAGGACGACCUUGAGGAACAAUACCAGAAACUGUCCGAGGUCGCAUACCCCAUCACGAGCAAGCUCUACGGAGGUGGAGCUGGAGGCAUGCCAGACUAUGGCGAUGACGAUGAGCCCACGCACGAUGAGUUGUGAGCUGGCAUCUGACUCGGUCUGGUAUGAUAAUCCUUAUGACUGCUUUUGAUGGGCAUUUUUAGACCACUCGACCUGGGACGAUAAAAUAAAAGCCACAUAGGUCGAGAGGCUGGGCGUUGUUUUUCAUGAUUUUUGAAACCCCUGGCUGGAUGGGUCGUGACUAGAUACCAUGAAUGAAAUUGCUCUUGUUUGUAACUGAA